UAGUAGUCUCUUGCGGAGCGGUUCGAGACAUCGAGUUGUCAGGAUGCCAUUGCAACCAAAGGCACCAGCCAACACGCUCGAGCGCCAAGCUGGACACAGCCAAGAUGAGCCACCUGAGCUCCGCUGCGGGGCAAUCAUCAAGCGCGACCGCAAAGCAAUUCACCUCGGUGCACUACACCGCCAUCUUCGUCGGAGCAGGUGCCUCCGGUCUAAGCGCGGCGCGUGAGAUCUCCUCGGCGGGCUUGCAGGUGCUCAUUCUCGAGAGCCGGCAGCGGAUCGGUGGUCGUAUUCACACGCAUGAGCUGCCCAUCAAAGAGAAGCGGCGCGCCACGAGCCGGACCGCCGUUGCUACCACUGGCAGCGGUGCCUUUCGGGGUCGGUCAGCCAGUACAAGCACAGUGGCAAGCAGCUUGUCGCAAUCGGAAUUCGCGGCGUACGUCGAGAAUAACGAUGGCUCGGACGCCUCCGACAAGAAUGUAGCGGGCAGCAGUACCGUCUAUGCGGACCUCGGCGCCAGCUUUGUGCACGGUGUGAUCGGCAACCAACUGAUGGCUCUGAGCAAGCGGGUGCCAUUCUCCCUGCACCUGCCUUCAGAAACGUCCUUCAUGCACGUCUUUCGGGACGGUGCACAUGGAGAACGACUCCCUGAUGAGUAGGCCGAGAGAAUAGAGUACUCUUCGAGCGAGGUCACAUUUCAGAGGUGUGCUCGCCUCGCUCAAGAGGGUCGUGUGGGAAGGGAUGUGGAGUCAGAGCAAGCAGGCUCACGGCAGAGAAACAUACCUGGUGACGAGGAGACACUUUGAGAUCCGAUGAUCAAGAGCGAGG